GGGUGGUGUUGAGCUAUAUUGGCUGAUGUGAGGUCUCACCUGYGCUGGUGGCACUCUGUGAAAUCGACCUCACCCGCUGUACCGGCAGCUWCCUGUGACUGUGUCGGUGGGUUCCAGCCAACAUAUUGUGACGCGCAGCGUACCUGCAGGUGGCUGAACUGUGUGAAGCCCAAUUAUAUGUGGCUGGAAGCMGUGCAGRAGAGAGCACAGACCAUUGAGAGGUUAUCGUUUCAUUUGGUGUUGUAAUGUACAAACAUGAAAGUAAAAUUGCGGAAAGCAGUGGUUGUAAGGGGCUGUAGCUGGCAGCUUCGUUACAGGAAGGACUGGGGUCAGGGCUACGAUCGAAGGUAGCGAUAAACUGGGUUGGCGGAAACAUUGUGCAGCUGGAGGAGGGACGAGGACCACAGUCCCAAGCUCUGAUUGUCUCGCAGAGCGUGGAGGAUGGAUAGAAAGAAAUCCAAAGAGCAAGACAGCGAGCAGAAUGGACGGAUCGUAGGAGUUGCGGCGGCAAAUGGUGUUGGUGGAGAGGGUCCUGCGAGACCAAAGCGCAAAGGACAGCUAAAGCCAUCCCAAUCGUAUUCGAAUCAGCAUCAGCAUCAGCAUCAGCAUCAUCAGCAGCAGCAACAACAACAACAGCAACAACAACAGCAACAACAGCAGAACCCGAACCCGAACCAGAACCAGAACCAGAACCAAAACCAAAACCACAACUCAAAGCCAGGUCUUUCUCAGCAGCAGGCCUCCCAGCAGCAGCAGCAGCAGCAACAACAACAACAACAACAACAGUCUCACUCACAAUUAAUUUCGCCGUUCCUUCAUCCCCGCCGGCAACUUCAACAAGAUAUUCCAAGGAAAUCGCUUUCUCGAGGGCCCUUCCCUCCUCUUCCUCCUCAGCAACAGCAGCAACAGCUACCUCGGAGACAACGGAGGAUUCCCCGCUCAUUCACUCCUCCUAAAGUUGAACCAAGAGACGACAUGAAAAGACAGGAUGUCGAUUCUCUUGUUAUCAGUGCUGGGAGGGGGAUGAAGAGGUCGAGAAGGGUUGCGCAGAGGCAUAAAGUCGAAGAGCUGGAACCUCCUCCCCCAUUGAAAUUGCCAAAGCUAUACUUACUUCUUAGUCGUAAAGAGAUCCAGGAAGACUUCAUGAAGAUCACAGGACAUCGAUAUGUAGGGAAGCCGAAAAAGUCCACUCUUGUACAACGGGGGCUCGGGCUUUGUACGGCACUGUGCUGCCCAUCGUCCAUUCGUUAUUUAACAGAGUCCCAAUCAUCGUUGAAGUGACAACUCGCAAGUAAAGGCAUUCACGAAAGCCAUGUGGCUACCUGGGAGGCUGUAACUGUUCAUGAACAGGUUAUGGGCUCAAACUUGAUGGAAUGAGGGCGUACUCACCCUAAGACUUUUCCGACUCCACUCUGGACCUGAUUGCAGUCAGAUGCAUCCAGAUUCGGCUGCAAUUGCGGCCAGAUACAUUUAGAAAAGUGUUAGCAUGAGUAUGCCCUGAGAAAGAUAUGAUAACUUUUGGGGCUACCCCAUUUGAAAAAAGGGGGGGCAAAAAAGAAGAUUGAAGAAUUGCAGUCUCGAUUUCAUGUCAGCCUCUCAUCCAGUAACAACCGAACAAUAUUCAGCGAGAACUUUGAGAGAAAAGCACAUGCAAAGACUCGUAGGCUCAAUAGAAAAAAUAAACACAACCACAAUCCUAUUUUUCUGGCCGGUAUGACUGGGCCUGACAGGUGCUAUUAAAAAAAUCUCUCCUGGAGAUAGGGAACAAGUCCGAACAACUGAUAUGACAAAUUUUGUGCAGAGAUGGCUGUUUUCCACAAACCACAAGGAUAUAGGUACUUGAUAUCUAAUCUUUGGUGCAACUUAGCAAUGUGCAGAGUAAUGGGCACAUGCUUCUCUUUACUAAUUCGCAUGGAAUUAGCACAGCCAGGACAUCAAAUUCUUGGUGGAAAUCAUCAACUUUGUAAUGUCCGUCUCAUUGCGGACAUCUGCAACGUCCCGACCACGAUCGUAUUCGCAGGCGGAUGUACGUUAGCAGCUCUGCAGCUGAUCACUCGUGAGACGCUGGGCCUGCCGUUGAUGCUUUUCGGUGUGCGAGCCUGAGAAUUAGUGUGUCUGAAACUUCUCUCUGUGGCAAAUAGUUUUGCUGGCCCUCUUUUGUUGGUUGAAUAACUUGAAUUCUUUCGUUUUUCAGGACCAUCCCAAGCAGGCCAUUUUAACAGAACCACAUGAAAAGUAGUGGGCAAAAGCAGUGGCACUCGGUGAGGGCGCCAGUUCGAGGCUGUGCGUGCACGGUGGGGCCUGAAGCCCUAAAGAAGCAUGGGUCAGUAAUCUACUGGGAACAGUGACAAGUUAUGACGUCACGAACAAAGCAAAAAUAUAAAA